AGCACCGCCGAUUAUAGGAUACUUGCCUUUUGAAGUGCUGGGUACUUCUGGCUACGACUAUUACCAUAUAGAUGACCUAGAGCUGCUAGCAAGGUGCCACGAACACUUGAUGCAGUUUGGCAAGGGGAAGUCGUGCUGCUACCGGUUUCUGACCAAAGGACAGCAGUGGAUCUGGCUCCAGACCCAUUACUAUAUCACCUACCACCAGUGGAACUCCAAGCCAGAGUUCAUUGUGUGCACACACAUGGUGGUAAGUUAUGCAGAUGUUCGGGUGGAGAGGAGACAGGAGAUGGGCUUGGAAGAAGUGUCCUCAGAGGUUGUGUCCUCAGCACUAAAGGACAGUGGCACCAGCUUGGAUCCUGAACAGCACUUUAAUGCACUUGAUAUUGGUGCCUCAAUCCUCAGCGCUAGUCGGACACCCUCAGUAUCAUCCAGGAGCUCACCAAAAUCUUCCCACACACCCAAGUCAGACCCAGCAUCUACACCAACAAAGCUGAUUGCAGAGUCUAACACUCCCUUGCCAAGAACACCGAGCACGCAGCAGGAUUUAUCCGUGCAUAGACUCAGUCAACCUACUGCUCUUCAGGUUUCUCUGCCUUCUCAGCCUUCAUGUGAGCUUCUCCCACAGCAGCUGCUUCCUCAAGCAACUCUGCAAAAUCAGCCUGCACCUCUGGCACAGUUCUCGGCACAGUUCAGCAUGUUCCAGACCAUCAAGGACCAGCUAGAGCAGCGCACCCGGAUCCUGCAGGCCAACAUCCGGUGGCAGCAGGAGGAGCUCCAGAAGAUACAGGAGCAGCUCUGCCUGGUCCAGGACUCCAGCGUACAGAUGUUCCUACAGCAGCCGACGGUGUCCCUGAGCUUUGGCAAUACUCCGCAGCCGGAGCCACAACAGCUACAGCAGAGGUCAGGGGCCAUUUCUCAGCAGCAGCUUGUCCCCAGUCCUCAACUUCAAGGGCAAAUUGCAUCUUCGCAAACAGCAAACCAGCAGGCACUGAGAGAAGCAAGUGUGAUAUCGAGCCAG